GCAAAUUAUUAUCAUCAUUAUUAUUAUAAUAUAUCAUCAUUAUCAUUGUGAUUGUGAAUUUCCCGCUUUUUAUUUCGUCAUUAUUAUAUAUUUAAAAAAUAUAUAUAUAUUUUGAACUUUGAAUUGAAUAUAGAUCGAUAACCAGCUUAUGUUCGUAAAAACAUCCUGUAAUGAAGAGAAGAAAUGUUGAAUCAGGCAAUACGGCGGGCAAAUUGAGACGUGCUGCUAAACGCAGCAAAUUGAAUGAUGGCUACAGCCCAUUGAAUGUAAUCAUCAAUUUUAAAUUUCUAUUCAUCUGGUUAUUGGUGAUCAUAUUAGAUUUUAUAUCUGAAUUUCGUUUCGAAUUACUUUAUCCAUUAUGGGCAUUCUUUUCAAACUCAAGUGAGACAUUUAGAUAUAAAGGCAUGUCAUAUCUAUUUUCCUAUGUAUUCAUAACGAUUACGAUCGAUAUGUGUUGCUAUUAUAUAAUGCCAUUACAAUGGCUAUUUUUUGCUUCAAGCACAUAUGUAUGGCUACAAUUUACAUGCUGGUAUUCGGAACGUGGCCUAACAUUGUUCACUAUAAUCAUUUGGUUUACAUUGAUCAUGAUUGAAACAUUCGUAAGGUUAAAAGAAAUGAAAAAUGUGCCAUUUCAAUUUGAGAUUUGUCGUCCAUUCGCCGCACAUGGUGUUGGCUAUCCAAUACUGACAUUCGGUAUCGAAUGUAAAUCCUACGUACAUUAUCGUCUACGUUUACAUAAGAAACGUAUCGUUGCCAAAGAGAAUGAUUUCUAUUAUUCACUAUUGAAGCAGGCAAUCGAACCCCCACCAUCAAUAUCGCCACAAACGACGACAACUCCCUAUAAUAUUGAUGCAACUCUUCAAACGACCACGAUCAACACCACCGAUUCAAUGACGCCGAUCAUUGCCUCAACAUUAAGUCAUAAUCAUGAUCAAGAACAACAAUCAAAUGUGAACAGAGCAAUGCAAAUGUCGAUACAAAACGGUAUCCAUGAUGGCGGUGGAACCAACAUUUCGACAUCAUCUUUAUUACGAACGAUGAUAAUGGCGAAUAAUUCGAUCUCAUUUGCUCAUACAAACAACGGGAGCAGCAUUAAUAAUAAACCAUCAUUAGCGACUAAUCGUCGAAACAAUAGUAAUGGUAAUGAACCAUAUCGACUCUUUUAUCGUAGAUGUCUACAACAAUCAAAAUCUUUGGCCAACAAUAUCAAUGGCUUAUUCCUGAUGAUUGGAAGGCAAUUAUUGCAUGCGAUUAGCCGUAUAUUGCAUUUCUAUCGAAUGGCUAUCCUAUACAUCCUAUGUUCAUUAUCACCACAAGUAUUAUAUAAACGAUUUUCGAUGAUCUUUAAACAUCAAUCAUCAAUGGCUAAUCAUAAUAAAAUCAAGAUGAUGAAAUCAUCAGAUUGUGCCAUUGCCAACGGUAAUCAUCAUCAUUUAUCUAUGAAUGGAUCUAAAGAUGUUCUUAAACGAUCGAUCGUUACAAGUGAUCAGGAUAAAUCAAUCAAGAAUCAUCAUAUGCAUAAUUCUCGUUCAAAAUCUCCUGAAUCAAAAAGUGAUGAUUCGAAUGAUGACAAUUCUAAUGGAUCCUUGAAUGAGUCGGCUAAGAUUCAGACAUGUAGUGAUCAAUCGCAACCGAUAUCAAAUGGACGACUAAAUGAAUUCAAUCCAGACCUUGCUGAUAGUAUGUCCAUUUCGUUGAAACGUAUGAAUGUGGAUUCACCAAGUGAUUCAAAUCUGUUAAAAUCAACGUCCAAAGAUUCAAAUAAGAUACAGGUAAUGAAUGGAAAACGAAGUAAAUCAAAUAGUCAUCAUCAUCGAAAUAGUGGACCUGUAAUUGGCGACAAUACGAAUGCAGCAGCAAUGUCCGCAGUAGAUUCUAAUCUAAGUCAAACACUGGAAUUAAUCAAAGCAAAAGAUGAUCAUAUAUGGAAAAUGGAACAGGAUAAUCUUCGAUUAAAAUCUGAUCUACAAACAAUACGUCAAUGUGAAUCCGACCUAAGAAAACAGAUGGAAACAUUUUGUAAUGAAGAGAAAAUUUUUCGAAAUUCUAUUACAAACUAUCAGCAAGAUAUUGAACAUUUACAGAAAAAACUACAAAAUUAUCAUCAAACUAAACAACAGGAUAGACAAACCAUACAAAAAUUGGAAAAACAAUUGGAUGAGGAGAAACGACGAUCAAAACAAUCAAUUGAAAUUCAGGCAGCUUCGGAAAAGAAAGCCAAACAAGCAGAGGAAAAUGCAGCACGACAAAUAGCAAUGGCUACAGCUGUUGCCGCUAAUACACGUUCAUCAACUAUGGGUUGUUCGGAUAAUUGUCGUAAUAGGCAACGGGAUUUCGAAAUAGAAUUGGCCAAUCUACGAAAGGAAUUAUUGUCGAAAGAUGAACAACUUAGAAUGAAGAAAUUGUUGCUCGAUAAAUACAAGAACAAUGAGGAUAUUUUAUCAUCAACAUUGAUCAUCAUACAGGAACAAAAUGCCCAGUUAGAAGCAUCAUUGAAAUUGGAAAAAGUCAUACGCGCCGAAAUAUUUUCGACACUUGAAGAGGCUAAACGUCAGAUACAUAAACAACAAUUGAUGUGUAUAGAUUACGAAAAAGAAAACCAUGACUUGAAGACUAAAUUGUUUCUCAACUCAUCCAAAUUGACAUCAUUGUCAUCUUUUACUGGUAAUAGUAAUGGAGCUAGUAUUGGUCUCAAUCCAUUGAACGGUUUUCAUUCAUCAUCUUCAUCAUCAUCAUCACCAUCGACAACAGCGACAACAACAAGCGAUUUGGAACUAGUAAAUCGAUGUUUUUCCAGUUGUUCACCCAAUUCAAUAUCAGCCCCACAGGCACUAGCAGCAACAGCAUCCGGUUCAACAGUUACGCCACCAUUGAAUCAUUCGCAAAUAUCUUCACCAUUAUGCGGUAAUAUAUCACCAUCCGGUUCGAAUAAUAAAAAUGGUAGUAAUCAUUAUAACCGAUUACAUCGGAUAACAUCACCACCGUUACCAACGCACAAUCUACAUGAUGCAUUUGCUGUAUCAUCGUCAACAUUGGACAAUUGCUGGCCAACGCAUCAUUCAUCGCCGUCUCCUCAUCUUUCUUCAAAUAGUACAACAACGGUGUCAACUUCAAGCCAUAUGAUGACUGUAUCGAAUUCGAAUACUAGUACGGAUGCUGAUGAUUUAGGCAGCACAGCUAAUUUACCAUUCAAUAGUUUUGAUUUCUGAAUGAAAUAAAAUGACUGAUUGAUUGUUGGCCCCCUUAA